AUGCUUGAUAGGGCUGCCUCACAAAGGAAAUUGGGUUAUCACCCAAGAUGUUCUAAUAUAGGUCUCACGCACCUCUGUUUUGCGGACGAUCUUAUGAUAUUUUCUGAUGGUAAAUUGAGAUCUCUGGUAGGGAUUGUAAACGUGUUUGAUGAGUUCACAAAGACGUCUAGACUGCGUAUAAGCUUGGAGAAAUCCACUGCUUACCUCGCGGGUGUCACAGCAUCUGCAAGAGAUAACAUUGCCCAGCGUUUUGCUUUUAAUUUCGACACUCUUCUGGUACGUUAUCUCGGCUUGCCGCUGCUAACGAAGAAGAUGCGGACGUUAGAUUACGCGCCACUAAUUGACAAGAUCAAGGAGAAUUUCAACUCAUGGAUAACAUGCGCUCUCUCUUAUGCGGGGCGACUUCAGCUGCUUACAUCUGUAAUUGAGAGUUUGGUGAAUUUUUGGAUGGCAGCUUUUACACAACCUAAUUGGUGUAUUGAUGAGAUCGAGAGCCUCUGCUCAGCAUUCCUUUCCGUCAGGACCAGAUCUUAA